AUGGAUACACCAAUUUCACCAAAGACAAAGACAGUCGAGCCCGUGGCCACUAUCGCCAGAAACAAUAGCACUGCUUCGUUGUUGACUCCUAGUUCUACCCCAACCACAAAACAAGACCCAACUACCCCAACUGUUUCAACUAUUCCCGUCUCCCCUAUCAAUUCAUACUACUACACAUCCCAUUUAACGAAAUCUCAAUUCAAUUCGAUCUUGGUCAACUGUACCAUCAACUUGAUUAAGAUUUUGUACUCUGAGUCCAAAAUCAAUGAAACAAAUCUUUCCAUUUUCAUUGUUGAGAUUCUCAAGCGGUCAAAAACGUCAAUUCAAACCCUCCAACUUGCUUGUUUUUACUUGACUAAGCUUAUCAACAAGAAAGAGAAGAUUACUAUUACCGAUCCUAAGAAACUCUUUCUUGGUUUAGUCAUUUUGGCUUCUAAAUUCAACCAAGACUAUAACUACUCCUUCAAGUCCUGGCUCAAGAUUUGUGGCUUGGAAUCAAGUUCUACUAAAGUUAUCAAGGAACUUGAAUUCAAAUGCUUGCAGAUGUUACAAUUUGAAUUAAGCUUAAACGGAGACAAGUAUGAGAAUUGGUGUAAUGUUCUUAUGAUUUUCGGCUACGACUUUAUAAAAUGCCAUUUAAUCGAUCUGAACAACUCCAAUAUCAUGUGGGAAACCAAACAAGAAACCAUUGAAGUUAAAUUAACAAAAUGGACCAAGUUCUUUGCUGACUUCAAUGAAGAUAACUUGAACAUUCUUCAAAUCAAGUUUUCUCAAUACUUCAUCAAUCAAUUAAACAAGAAAAUCUUUAUUGUCAAAGAUGAAGAACCAAAAUUGUUAAAGCGUGCCCGAGUUGACGAUGUUCCUUGUCCGAAGAAACAAAGAGUAGUUUAA